GUCAUAUCUUCCAACACAACCGCCGCUUCCUCCCUGGCCGGCCCAGGCAGGCGCCUCAGGCCCGCUCCUUACUGAACCGCUAUCCGCUAAUUAUCAUCAUUCCCCGGCACACAGCCUCCUCGGCCCGGUUUGUGGAGCUGCGGCCGGAAUGAGUGAACGAAAGGGCAGGCAUCUUUAAAGAAGUCCUGGGACUCGCUGUUCCUCGCGUCGGGGCUGGAGGAAGGUUGAGACUGAGGCGUAGCGGGCGUGGUGAUGGUGUUAGACUCAGUUGAAGUCUUCAUGGAUCAGGUUGAGGGUGAAAGUGUUGGGAGCAGCAGGGACCUGAUGGAGCCAAACGUCCGAGCAGAUCCAACCAAAACCACAGGGACGCCCACACCUCCCGCCAAGAAGAGCAAUGAUGCCAAGAAAGAGAAGGUGUCCCAAAAUGGACUUCCGACCGAGACGAAUGGCAGCCAGGCACAGAGGAGGCCAUCAUCAUCAAAAGGCGGGGCUACUCCAAGACCGCCGCUCCGCCGCCCCCUCAGCCUGGAGAUGACACCCCAGCGGCUGAGAGGGUCUCAGGAGCAGAUGGCAGACAGGCGGAUGGUGCAGCCCCCUUGGCGCAGUGGUCCGGCCGCCCCCUCACCCCCCACACGCAGCCUGACCAGCCCGAGCCUGGGCGCAGGAUGGAUGCGGCGCAGCGAGAGCACCUGCUCCGUCAACUACUCCCUUGGUCUACGAGCCAGCAGGGGGCAAAUGCGGCCUGCCACCUCCCUGCCACACAUACCUAAGGGGGUGGCCGGGAGUUCACUGCCCACAUCCUCCAGGCCCUGUCUGCUGGUGGCCCUCAGGCCCCUCAACCUGGAGCAGGAGAAGCAGACUUUCUUCCAGUCCGACUACAAGUACGAGCCUCAGUUUGAGUACGCCCAGCCGGAGCCGAGGAGCGUGUUGGACAAGUACCGAGAGGGAUCCGGCCUCUUCCUGGAACAGGCGGUUGGGAUCAUGGAGUGUGUCCUGAGGAAGUUUGGCUGCUAUGAGAACUUCGAGGUGGUGACAGGCGGCAGCAUCCUCCCUAAAAGUCAAGUCUGGGCUGCUGUUCGUAAAUAUCUGCAGAAAGAAGGCUGCGUGGGAGAGGUGAGUGACAUGCAGCACAGAGCCUUAAACAACAGCAGGUAUUUUGACAUUCAGCAGGAAAAAGCAAAGGGUGUGAAAAUAAUAGAAAGUGAAAAAAAGGGAAAUAAAAUAACCAAAGAUGCCAUGUUGUUUGACUCAUGGCUCUUUAUGCUCUCCUCAGGCACACACUACCUGCGCGGGGUGAACAACAACCUGCAGCCGUGGUGCACCACUGAAGGCAGGAAGCAGUUCGGCCUCAAACCGGCCAAUCCCACAGAGGAGGGCCUGGCCAGCCUGCACAGCGUGUUGCUACGGAAACAGCCCUACCUGUGGCGUGCCGCCCUGCUGUACUACACCGUGUACCACGCCGCCAGCAUGAGCUUCAGCCGCCUCUUCAGCCACAUCGCCCGCUUCGUACAGGACCCCGACGUCCGCUGGGAGUACUGCCUGAGAGCCAAGAGGGGGCAGACGGACACCUCGGAGCCAGGUUGCUUCAGUAAAGAUCAGGUUUAUCUGGAUGGGAUCCUUCGUAUCCUUAGGCAUCGAAGGAAUAUUGACUUCAAGAUGUUGACUUCUUUAGGCAAGGUGUCUUUCGAAGACGUGGAGAGGCUGCGUCCCCUGGCUGUCCUCCCACGGACCAGAAUCCCUCACUUCAUGCGGGACCAGGAGCGUUACCUGCAACACCUGGAUCACAUCGUCUCCGUCAACGAACUGGACGAUUCAGCGCUUCAACACCUGCUACCCUGAGACCCCCCCGCACCACCUGAAUCAAAGAAGAAGACGUGGAGCAUGUGGUGUGUUCGAUAUCACUAAAAUAAAGCAGUAUUAUGCUUUAUUUUAGCAAAUUUUGUAAAAACUUGAAUGUUACGAACAAAAAGGGACAAACACACUAACACCUCUAUCUACAUUUUGCCCAAUUGCAUGUGCCCUCCUCGCCUUUACUCCUAUUAUGAAGUUACCUCAAUACUGCAACUCUGCGAUGUAACCAACAUUAAAUAUGUAGACUCAUACAUAAUCACUGCACUCAGCGCCUGUACAGGACACCACUAACAUGUCAUGUACAGAUUUAUACAUAAUCACAUGCUUAUUUAUGCAAUUAUUUAAGUUUUUUACUUUUAAGAGAACACAAUGAAUGUCUCUGGUCUUAGCUUUAUACCUUUUUUAUUUUAUACAGCAUUGCUUUUAUGCCUUAGAUAUUUUGCAUUUUUAAAAGACACCAAGGACGGACAUAUUAUAAACCCUGGGUAUAUAUUUACUGAGACCAUGAAUCAUUAAGUUGUCAAGUGCCAGUGGACUUGGUGAAGUAUUUAAGCUUUCCCAGGGUGCUUUUAAAAAAUAUCAGUGUUAUCAAGAAGAAAAUCAGCUCUUACUGUCUAAGCAGUGUCCUUGGUGGUCUUUUCAUAUCAAUAAGCUACUGUGAUGUGACCCCGUCCCUGAGCUCCCCCUCUACAGAAGCCAAACUUUCUCAUGCUAAAGUGAAGGAUAUUUUUUACAGAAAUGUAGAUAAGAUUAAUAUCGGUCUCAUGUAACUGCUAGCCUGGCUCUGUCCGAAAUAUAAAAACAGCAGUUGACCCUACACUGAGCAUUGAUUGAACAAUCAUAGCUUGGAAACUCAAAUGUAUCCAUUGAGGCUAGCUCCAUAGGGCUCGAAAGAGAUAGGUAUGUUGUUUGCAAAAUUGGUCUACUCAAACCAAAAACUGAAGAACCAGGAGAAAGGAAAAGGUUAAUAAAUAGUGUUUUUUUUUGCUCAAAUGUUAGCAUGCCUCCAAUCUCCAAAGCCAAGACUCAUAUCAUUAACUUAUCAUUUUUGUUUAUGUAGUUAAAGGCUACACUCAUGACCAAAACAUCCACUGUGCAGCCCUUUAUCACAGUGUUUAUGCUAAUUUUAGUGGCUCUGUCCCGCUCCUUAAUUUGGAGACAUUUACUUUUCAGAAGCGGUUCCAGAUGUUGCCAUUAACACAUCAGUUAGAACCUCAUUAUGAUAGCCUUUUCCUGUGAAGAUAAAAUCAUAUUAUUUAGAAAUACAUGUAUGCGUGAGAAUGAGCAGUCAGAUCUUACAUGUUUUCUAACACAAGGACUAGCUAGAUCUACUCUAGCUACUAAAUGCUAAUUAUUGGCUUUAGCAUCAGUCUUUUAGCAUGAUAUCAUGUGUACAUUCAUCAAGUGCAUUUAAGAAACUUUACAUUAAUAUAUAUCGACAAUGAGUCAGCUAUUCAUAACUUUAUUUUAAUUAAUGGAGUAAAUGUUAGCUUAAUAAGCUAAUUACAGCCUGAUGUAUAAUACACAACUUGUACUUUUCAGAACAAAAGCAGAGCUGGUUUUUUUCUGUACUUUUGUACAACCAGAAAUAUUGCUGCAAAUAACACUACAUAAAAAAGGGAAUUUAGAGCUAAGCUAGCUGUUUUUAUUUAUGCUAAGCUAACCAGCAAUGUCGAUACUAGUGGUAUCAAUCUUCUCCUCUAGCUCUCUGCAAACUAAGCCAAUGAGUGAAUUUGCAGUAAUGUAGAACUUUUCUUUUACAUAUAAAAAAAAAUGACAAAGCGGUAAUUUAAAUUCACUGUCAGGCUUUUAGAGAAGCAGCCAUUCAUCAUGGUUCUUCACUCAGGCAUGAGUCACUGGCUGAGGGGAAAGCGGGGGUGUUGUGGGUGUGCCUUCGAUGGGUGUAAAGCUCAUCUGCUGUAGCUAGCUGUGUGGUUUUAGACUGCUUUUUAUUAUGCGUUUGACACUUGAAACUUCAGAUGUCAGUCAGGGCAUUCAGUUUGGGCCAAGCCGUCUUUGAGCUGAAAUAAAGCUGGGAUUUGGGCUGAACAGCAUUAGUAGUUCCAGUUUUUAACUAAAAAAUACAACUUGACAAAAUGUGAAUUCUACUCGUGAUGCAUUUGAAAUACUUUGGAUCCAAAGACCAUUGUGUAAUUGAACAAUUGAUUCUGCUGUGUUUACAAAUGCAGCCAUUGGGUAAGCAGAUGUACGUUUUAAAUUGGAGCAGUUGGUCGUAUGCCGACAUCAAACCAUUGCCCUGGAUUCGCCGAAACGAAUGCACCUAUUUGUAACGCACGAAUGUUGCACAAGUGUUUUAUGUUCUGGAAAACAUCUUGAAGUUCCAGUUUAUUUAUUAAAAAGUACACACAUGUAA